AUGCAUACGACUGCAACAAGGGGGGUUGGGAAUACAGUUCGAGACAGUUUACUUCGCUUUCAGAGAACAAUCGAUACGAACUCAUCAUACCGCUUUUAUCCCUAUAACCACAUAAUCUAUCUAUCUAUCUAUCUAUCUAUCUAUCUAUCUAUCUAUCUAUCUAUGCCCGACUGUACAACUCACCUCACCCUGGCCGAUCCACAUCCACCAUCGAUCAUCCACACUCGACCCCACCAACCUCGAUACAAAGAACAUGAUACACCUUCCUAUAACAAUUUUCGUUCAGGAGUUUACUGCUCACUUCUUCUAUUAAUAUCUAUCUAUCUAUCUAUCUAUCUACUUCAGUCUAUUAAUAUCUAUCUAUCUAUCAAUCUACUUCAGUCUAUUAAAAUCUAUCUAUCUAUCUAUCUAUCUAUCUAUCUAUCUAUCUAUCUAUCUACUUCAUCUAUUAAAAUCUAUCUAUCUAUCUAUUUCAGUCUGAUAAUAUCUGUCUGUCUGUCUAUCUAUCUAUCCAUCUAUCUAUUUAAUUCUUUCUUUCUUUUUUUCCAUUCUGUUCCUAUCUAUCUAUCUAUCUAUCUAUCUAUCUAUCUACUUUAUCUAUUAAUAUCUAUCUAUCUAUCUAUCUAUCUAUCUAUCUAUCUAUCAAUCUACUUCAGUCUAUUAAAAUCUAUCUAUCUAUCUAUCUAUCUAUCAAUCUACUUCAGUCUAUUAAAAUCUAUCUAUCUAUCUAUUUCAUCUAUUAAAAUCUAUCUAUCUAUAUCUAUCUAUCUAUCUAUCUACUUCAGUCUAUUAAAAUCUAUCUAUCUAUCUAUUUCAUUAAUAUCUAUCUAUCUAUCUAUCUAUCUAUCUAUCUAUCUAUCUAUUCUAAUGGAAUUAGAUUUUGACAGUGUUCUCCUUUGUUUGAGUCUUAUCUUUUCUAAUCUGUCUUUUUCUCACUCUUUCUCGCAUAUCUAUCCGUGCUUUUAA